UGGAUCAGAGCUCUGCAUGUGCCCUGAUGCCCGCUGUCUGUGGGGCCGGGGCUGUGCUCCCAGCUUUCCCUUGCUUCCUGCACCUUCCAGAGGCCAGAGGACGGCCUGCGACGCUGGAUCAUCGCGGCUCUGCGUAGGAGGACAGGACAAGAGCUGUGCCCUAGUGGACAGGGGGAGGCUGGGGGUCCGCGCUGCCCUCCCUCUGCUCUUACUGGGGACGAGCGCUGCACCCGGAGGUGGCGUGGCCAGCAGCCCUCGGGCAGGGCUUUUAUAGCCUCCAGAUAGAGACAGGGCAGGAGAGCAUUACCAAAAGCCCUAACUCAGCACAUGGCAGGAGGAGGGACUGGCAGAACAAAGGCCAUGCUGCGGGGGAGCCACGAGCUCUGGGACACUGCAGCUCUGCUCCCAGCCCAUGGGGCACGGGCUGUGACAUGGCCCUAGGGUCUGUGCAUGUCCCUCAGCUGUGCCCUCCACCUGCUCCAUGCACAGAGCACAGAGCGGGGAACAGGGCAUGGCAAAGCCAGGGGCUGAUUUGCAAAGGCAUUAUAGGGGCCUAAGGGUGCGGAUGAAGAUUUAUGGAUCCUAUCUCAGUGCUCAGGGACCUGGGAAUCCACACUGUGCCAAAAUACCUUCUGCCUUUGCUCAUGGUGACCCCCUGCCCUGUAGCUGAAGGAACACCCCUAUGGCUGCAAACUGGGAAGGAAACCAGGAACAGGACGAGGGCAGCUGGAGCUGCAGGGUGAUGGGGGCUGGAGAUCAGCACUCGGGAGCCACCAGCACAGCAGUGUGGUUAAAAAAACACCUGGCUCUAAGAGGAAGAAACGCAGCUUAAAAUAGAAAGGUGUCUAACAACCAUGAAAAUGAAUGCAAAUUGAAAGCCAGGAGUCAUGAAAACUGUCCACCGUGACGGUAAGGAACCGGACCCCAGGGAGCACUCAGAGCAGCAGCAGUGCAGCACACCCGGCGGUGCCGUGGGGGAUGGCGCGGUCGAUAAAGACAUGGGAAAAGAAGAAGCGAUCGAUAAGUGCUUUUUGUUUGGCAUUUUGGGAAACGUCCCAGAUGGUGCGGCCGAAACGGCACCAAUAUGAGUUAACACUUUACCCUCGAGGGGGACGAAAAGCAGCAGCUUCUGAAUGAGGGCUGUGGGCUCACCAAAUGCACAGCCCUGGGUGAUUUGCUUUGUCCGCGCUGGAGAGCUCAUACCGAUGCUGCAGGAGCACUGGGAGGGUUUGAUGGGACUGCAGGAAAGCCAGCAUGCAGGCUCCCAACAGGCACAGGGAGAGUGGAUGCUGGCAGGGUGCCCCCAGGUGCCCCCCCAUCCCCCACUCCCUCUGCCUGCCUCCCAGCAGCUGACACAGCACUGCUGCACCGAGGUGGGAUUUGCUCCCAUGCAGCACAUUGACAGGAGAACAAGGAAUGGUACAAAUGAGCAUAGCACGUGUUCAACGUGCUGAAAACUGGCUGUGGAGUGGGGAUGGACACAGUGGGCACAGAGAGCAGGGAUGGCAGGGGCUGCCAGCUGUGGCAUCCUUAGAGGAGAAUGCUGCUUUUAUGGACUGAGACACCGCAGGAAAUGCCUGCUUCGGCUACACAUCACUUGUGAAAAAAAUAUUAAAAUAGCAAACACAAAAGCAAUGCUCAAAGCAUUUCACAAUCUUUAAGUCUUGCAUUCUUGCAACUUAGUUGUGGGUGCCCCAUCCCUGGAGGUGCCCAAGGCCAUGGAUGGGACCCUGGGCAGCCUGAGCUGGGGGAGGGGGGGACCCAGCCCAUGGCAGGGGUUGGAACUGGGUAAUCUUUAUGGCUCCCUGCAACCUAAGCCAUCCUGUGGUUCCAUGACCUUCAGCACACUCAGGUCUGUGUAGGUACAGAGGGAUGUCUGAAGCAAGACAGGUAGUGUUCAGGAGGAAAACGAGGAAGCAGAGGGUCAGGCUGCUCACUGCACAGCUGGGCACACCCACGGUGCUGGGAUAGAAACCUGUGGGGCCAGAGAGAUGGGGCUGGGAGCCCUGCGUGGCCCUGCCCUGGCUCAGUCCCAUGGGGCUGGGUUUGGGGCAGCCACGGGGCUGGUGUACCAUGCCCAGCAGCAGCAGCAGCACUGGAGCCAGGUGCUGGUGGGCUCCAGGGGUAUAUAUGCCCUGUGCGGGGCCGUGGUGUCGGCGUGUGGCAAAGUGGCGCGGUCAGGUCUUCUGUUGUGCCUCUGGAUAAAGGAAAGUGCUGGGUUCAGCGGCUGGGCACGGGGCCGGGGAGAGGCUUCCAGCUCGUCCAGCGCUUUGCAGGAUGUGAUGACUGGGCGGCCGCGCAGACACUGAUGAGCUCGCACUUCCAUUGUGUGCCCGCCCGCGCUCUGCCCUUGCCAGGCUAUAAAGUGGGGGCCCCACUGCACCCCGAAACACAAGCCUGCUCCCUCCAACAAGAAGCAGCUGCUGCCCAGGUAAGAGGAGAAAGUCCCCGGGCGGUGGCACUUGCUCCAGCCAGUCCCAAGGGGGGGAGAGGAAAACGUGGGUUUUUGGCUGUGCCCACGCUGUGCCCACCAUUCCCGGAGCACCCCGAACCAGCAUGGUGCUGGGGGUGCAAGGAGGGUCCGACCUUCCUUGGGACAUCCACUGUGGUGCCACCAGCAGGGUGCCCGCUGCAGGUCACGCCAAAGCAGGGCUGUCCCCUCCCACCCCACCACCCAUCGGUGGCCCCUGGGCUGCCCUGCUGCCGGUCGUGCUCCCACGCACGCCUGUGUGGGACGGUCCCAGUGAGCUCCGGGUACCCCACAGUGAUGGGGCCAUAUUCAGGGCUCUCCUGGGAAUUGUGGGCAGCUGGCACCUCCUGUGGCCAAGGCAGGACCCGUAUCCUGCGCGCCUGGGGGAGCUCCUCACCCCCACCCCAAUGCCACCGCCACUGGGGCCGAGUCCCCACUGACCCCCCCGGCACCUCUGCCCCCAGACCCGAGCUGACCACCGCGAUGUCUGAGACCACAAAAACCGCCGCUCCUGGCCAGGCUGCAGAGGACAAGGAGAAGGCGGCCCCAGCGCCGGCUCCAUCCUCUGACCCCACUCCCGUCACCAACAGCAAAGGGGAAGAGCCCUCCACGGAAGCUUUCAGGAUUGUCAUCUUCGAGCAGGAGAAUUUUCAAGGCAGGCAGAUGGAGUUCACCAGCGAGUGCCUGAACCUGGCAGACUGCGGGUUCGACAGAGUGCGCAGUGUCAUCGUCAGCUCCGGACCCUGGGUGGCCUACGAGCAAGCCAACAUGCGCGGGGAGAUGUUCAUCCUGGAGAAGGGCGAGUACCCGCGCUGGGACACCUGGUCCAGCAGCUACCGCAGCGACUGCUUCAUGUCCAUGCGUCCCAUCCGAAUGGUGAGUGCUCAGCACACCGCGCGCUGCUCCGGGCGCUGCGGGCACCGUCCCAACGCCGCUGUCCCCCCCCCCCCCCCCCCUCAGGAGGCCGAGGACCACAAGAUCUCCCUGUACGAGUCCGCCGACUUCAAGGGCAACAAGAUGGACAUCCAGGAGGACGACGUGCCCAGCCUCUGGGCUUACGGCUUCUGCGACCGCGUGGGUAGCGUGAAGGUGCCCAGCGGAACCUGGGUCGGGUACCAGUACCCCGGGUACCGCGGCUACCAGUACCUCUUUGAGACCGGGGACUUCAGGCACUGGAACGAGUGGUGCGCCUUCCAGCCCCAGAUCCAGUCCAUCCGCCGCAUCCGGGACAUGCAGUGGGACCAGAAGGGCACCUUCGUCACCCCCGAGGCGCCCUCCAACUGAGCGCGGCCCCGCGCCCGCCCCGCGCUCCCCCUGCACUAUCCGUGUCUAUCGACCGCGCCACCGCCGCCGCCGCCGCGUGUACUCGACGUUGUGAGGCAAAUUAAAAAAAAAAAUCAAACGAUGGAGCUGCCUGCCGCGUGCGUCCCGGGGCGCGCUCCGUCGCCCGGCUUCCCCACGCUCCCAUUC